AUGGCAGCACCAAAUCCUGCGGUACAGGCGAGUGCUAUUUCCCCACAGGGAGGGAUACAGGUUGGAGAAAGUGGCGAAUUCAUCGUGAAUGGACCAACUGUGCCGUCUCUGCAGGAGUUGUCGAUGGGGAAAAUGCUGCAACAGCAGGUCGAUCGACGGCCGGAGAAACUCGCGGUGGUAUCGCGAUGGCAGAAAACAAGCUUGACGUACCAGUCGUUAUUCGACACCAGCCGAGACAUAGCGCAAGCUCUGCUCAUGCAUGGGGUCCGCCCGACGGACCGUGUGAUAGUGCUGGCCGGAAACUCCAUUGAAUACGUCCAGCUGCUCUUCGCAGUGGCUGGGAUUGGGUCCGUUUUUACCAUCAUCAACCCCACAUUUACAGCGGAGGAGGUGGUUUCUACGGUUGAUUUCAUAGACCCAAAGGCGAUUUUCAUGGCUGAGAGGAUUGGAUAUCGCAAUAACAAGAAUCUUCUAAAAGAACUUGCAGCUAAACAGCAACGCACGUCGCUCAUUGUACAGUUAGGAACGUCUGAAAAGGUAUCUAGCAAUGUUCUCUCAUGGGACGAGUUUCGCCAGAUAGAGCCAAAUGGCACUCAACCUGGCCUGCAUUCUGUGGACCAAUAUUGGGUGGAGGAAAAUCCGCAUGCCCCUCUGUGCAUCCAGUUCACUAGCGGUACGACUGGUCCCCGUAAGGCUGCAAUAGUCACACACCAUAACGUCGUUAACAAUGCCUACCUUAUCGGAUCAUGGCUUAGCUUCACAACCGAUGAUAUUCUAUGCUGUUCCCCCCCUUUGUUUCAUUGCUUUGGGUUAGUAAGCGGGCUCCUAGCAAUUCUAGCACACGGGGGUACAACAAUUAUCCCUUCGGACGUCUUCAACGCGGAUUCAAGUCUUCGAGCUUGUUCUGAGGAUGGGUGUACUGUGAUCCACGCAGUGCCAACAAUGUUUCAAGCUAUGCUGGAUCAUUCGAAAACUCAGGCCCUUCCGCUUAGGCUUCGCCUGAGAACUGGCAUCAUCGCUGGCGCAAGCCUUUCUGAAAUUUUAAUACAAAGACUGUGUGACGAGUUUGGACUAAGAGGCUUAGCUUACGCUUUUGGCAUGACGGAGCUCUCUUGUGUCAGCUUUAUGACGAAUCCUGCCAAGGUUUGCUUAUUGGACGAUCGAUCAUCAGUCGGCACUCCCCUCCCCCAUACAUCUGUCAAGGUGGUGGAUAGUGACUUGAAGACUGUUCCACCCGGAACCCGAGGAGAACUUCUUGUAUCCGGAUAUCUUGUGUUUAGUGAAUAUUACAAGAACCCACAGAAGACAGAGGAAGCUAUUGUAAAAGAUGCCCAGGGGCGACGGUGGCUACGAACCGGGGAUCUUGUAACAUUGAGCGAUUCCGGUGCCUGCGUUAUUGUCGGGAGAGUAAAGGAUAUGAUCAAGAAGGGAGGAGAGAACAUCGCCCCAGCAGACAUAGAGAAAGUCCUUGAGCAACAUCCAGACAUUGCCGCAGCUGCUGUAAUUGGCAUUCCUGAUACUCGCUGGGGAGAGACAAUCGGUGCAUAUAUUCAACGCGGACAAAAUGCCCAGAGCGAACUCAAUGCCAAAGACAUUAAAAUCUGGCUGAGAAACCGAAUUGCUCCCCAUAAGAUUCCCGAUCAUGUGUUUUGGAUUGGCGAAGAGGCAGGGGUUCCACAAGAGUUGCCUGUGAACGCUACCGGGAAAGUUCUCAAGACCGAGCUCAGCGCCAUUGCAAGGGAUUUGCUGAAAGGAAGAAGCGUACUUGUAGCUUAA